AUGUUCCAGAAUCUUCUUCUUUAUUUCAAUACGUGGCUAGGAAUCCGAAUCGAAAUGCAUCCAGCCUGUAUUCCCGCACUUAAAUUCAUUGAAAAAACACUUCCUGGAGUGCUAACAUGGUCCAAAUAUUUCACCUGGUGGUUCAUGCAUAUUCAGUUUCUGACUGCAGCUGUUCUAAGUGUUCACAGAAUAUCUUCUAUAUUUUUUCCAUUGAGAUAUGAGAAAUUCUGGUCUCAAUACUAUUUCAUUUUUGGUUUAGUCUUCUUCAUAUACAGCUUUUUGCCAACUCUUUUAUGGCUUGGAUUCGGAAACGAAGUCAGUAUUAUAAACGGAAUACUUUCAAAGAAGAGAAACUCCGAAAAUAUUGUGAAGGCCACUAAUGUAACAGCAGUAUUUUCAAUAAUUUAUUUUAUUGUUAUAUUGACUUUAGGACUAACCACGUCCAUACUGGUAUCGAGUAAAUUCAAAGCCGUCUCUUCUUCUUACGAAAACGUGGCGAAAAAACUCACCAGAAUUGCUCUAACAUAUUGUUUCGUCUACACUGGAAUCCUGAUGUGGAGUGUUAUCACUGCCAUGAAUUCAAAUCUGAACUUUUUACCGCUUUUCAUUGUUGCGAUCAAUCAAAACCUCCUAGUAUUCUCUUCGGAUUUAAUGACACUGUCACUACCAUACAUUCUGCUCAUCUUUGAUACAAACGUCAGGAAACAUGUCUUCCGACGGAAAACACCAGUAAAUUCCAACAACUUCGGUUUCACAAGCUUUCUAAUUUCUUCUUAG